AAACACGGGCACUCCUGCAACAGAUAAAGCUCAUGUUACCAAGGUACGUAUGGAGGUUUCCAUCAGGAUUUUUGGUCGUCUUCACCCUUGUGACUUUCUUUUUCUUUCUUGGAAGAUAUCAAACUACCUUUAAAGGGAUUACUAAAAAAAUGGAAAUGCUAUCUGAACAAACUCAAAAUACAUCUUUCACCUUUCAGUCGGUAAAUACUUCAUUACAGUGCAAAGAAAAUACAUCAGUGGCCAAUAUUAAAGGUUUCUCUGGACUAUUCGAACACAUAAAGGACUUUCUAAAGUACAAACACUGUAGGAAUUUUCCAAUCAUUCAUGAUGCUCCUAUGAAAUGUGGUGGAUCUGAGCAAUCGGACAAGAUCUUUCUACUACUUGUGAUCAAGUCUUCACCCAAGUUCUACACUCGUCGACAGACCAUUCGUAAAACCUGGGGAGAGGAGCGAAAAUAUGAAGGAGUACAGAUCCGUCUGCUUUUUAUCCUUGGAGUCCAUUCAGAUCAGAAAGAAAGCAAGAAACUCCAACAGCUUCUUUCAAUUGAAAGUAAAGAAAAUGGCGACAUACUGCAGUGGGACUUUUAUGACACUUUCUUCAAUCUCACCCUUAAACAAGUCCUUUUCUUUGCAUGGUUACAGCAGAAUUGUCCUCAUGUAAACUUCCUUCUGAAUGCUGAUGAUGACGUGUUUGUUAAUUCUGAUGCUGUUGUACAGUAUUUAUUAAGUCUAAAUGGAAACAAAGGUGAUAAACACUUGUUUGUCGGACAGCUUGUUACAGUUGUGUUUCUGGAGACUAGAAAGUCAAGCAAGUAUUAUGUACCAGAACAAGUAACCUCAAGAAGAAGGUUCCCUCCUUAUUGUGCAGGUGGUGGUUACCUGCUGUCAGCUUUUACAGCCAGGCAUAUUCACAAGGCAUCUCUGAAUGUUGCAUUUAUUCCAAUUGAUGAUAUCUACAUUGGGAUGUGUCUGGACUGGGCAGGACUGAAACCGGAGUUGCAUGUAGGCAUCCAAACAGGAGAUCAAAAGGUCCCUUCUAAUUUUCAGAAUUCAUUUGAUCCUUGUUAUUAUAAAGAGCUUCUUGUGUUUCAUCGCUUUACACCUUAUGAGAUAUUUGUUAUGUGGAAGGCCAUACACGACCCAGACACAAAAUGUGGCUUCUCUCCAAAAUGAAAGUCUGUAUACUUCCAUAGUUUUUUUAAUUAUUUAUAAUAUGUCAGUAAGAAGCAUCAUGUCCUCCUGUAAAUGGGGAAGACUCUUGCCACAGACUAGUAAAUUAACUUUUACUUAGUGGUAUCAGGCAUUGUCUAUUUUUCCUCAUGUGAUUGGUAUCUCUAUGCCAUUGCUGGUAGUAGCUGAUGACCACACCUUUAUAAGGUUAGCACAUGCUGUCUUCAGUUCUUUACAAUCUUUGACCUCAGUUUACACAGCUGCAUUUUUAUUUGCAAGUAUCUUGGUAACUUUUUCCACUAUUAUUGUGGUUGACCAUAUAUGUAAAAGUUAAUUUGUUACUGUGGUUUAAGAAUUUACAACUUAGUUAUAUGGCAGAGAAACUAUGAUAUUGAAUGGUAGAUGUUCCCAGUGUG